UUUCUAUACCAGUCACACUUUCACUCACCAGUCGACAUAUUUGCUGUGGUUUUCUUGUUUAUUGCAACAUCAGCAAAGGCUGCCCAUAUGACCGAGAUCAGUCAUGGAGGAACAGCGGCGAAUCGAUCUGACCUACAUCACCGAACGCAUCAUCACCAUAUUCUGCCCUCCUGGAUGUCCAGAGAAGAUUUACCUGCAGAACCUGAAGGAGAUUAUUCUCAUGCUGCAGUCCAAGCAUGGGCACCACUACAUGGUCAUCAACCUCUCACAAAGAAACAAAACUCUCACCCAAAUGAACCACAAGGUUUUGGACACAGGUUGGGUGGAUCUCCUUGCCCCCGACCUGGAUCAGAUCCUCAGCGUGUGCACCACGAUGAAGAACUGGCUGCAAACACAUCCGAAGCACGUCCUGGUGUUACACUGCAGGGGACGUAAAGGCCGGCUCGGAGUUCUGGUGGCUUCUUACAUCCACUUCAGCAAAAUGUCAGCCAGUGCAGAACUUUCUCUCGAUCACUUUGCCAUGAGGAGGUUCUACAAUGACAAACUGUCCGCCCUGAUGACCCCCUCGCAAAAACGGUAUGUGUGGAUGCUGGGAAGCAUGUUAACGGGCGGACUGAGGAUGUGUACCUCUCCGUCUUUCCUCCUGUGUGUCGUUCUUCACGGUCUUCCAAAAAUAAGAGCAGAUGGAGCAUGUUGUCUCUUCCUGAGAGUCUACCAGAGUCUACAAGCUGUUUGUACAUCAGCAGUCUACCAUGUUAAUUCAGCCCAGACAGACCGCCUCUACUUUGAGCUCCAGCCAGCUCAGCUGCUCAAAGGAGAAAUCAUGGUGGUUUGUUAUGAUAAAAACAGCCAGUCAGCCAGCCGUCAGGUCGUCUUCCGCCUCCAGUUUCAUACGGGACUCGUAACUGGACACACCCUCACUUUCUGUAAGGCCGACCUGGACUGUGCCAGUGAAGAUGUCCGAUUCCCAGAAGAUGGAAAAGUGGAGCUGUUGCUUUCUGACAGUCCAGAAAAGAUUACAGGCAGAGAGCUUUGGAGCAAUGGACGCAGUGUGACGGUGGACUAUGACACCUUAGACCCUUUGGUUAGACGAGAUUCAUAUCAAGACACGUCUUCUUUUGAGACAGCUCCACCUCAUAUCCUGGACCACGAAAAUGGCAGUUUGUUUGGCAGAGUGAGUAAGAAGAGUAGUGAGGAAGGAGCUUCGUUCCGCCUGACCACCAGCAGCCCCAGCUGCAGUGACAGAGCUCCGUCUGCCAGCAGUGACUCCGGCCUGUCUGUUGCCUCUCAGGGGCGAACCGGAGCCAGACAGAGGAAAGGGUCUGCACGGGACAACUGUACCCAGGCAGGGAAGCUGCUCUCUGGGUUGGACUUUGAGAUUGCUCAGCCUCUUCUGGAGGUCAUGACUGAGCUUGCUGCGUCCGGCGGAUGGGACAGGGAGAUGACUGGAGAUGAAUCUGAACUGGAACACGCUAUCAAUGGAGGGGCUUCGUCCAGUGAGAGGGAAACUGAUAUAUUAGAUGAUGAGGAUGACGUCGAUCGUGUAGCACCUCCUGCUUCAGACGUGCCGAGCUCGAGCGGCAUCUGCUCCCUCUCCUCUAAGAACCUGCCUGAGACUCAGAGAUCAGCCCACGCUGAGUACUCCACUCACUCCUGGGUUCGGCAGCAGCAGAUGGUUGAAGUCGUCACUGAUACCUUUCUUCAAGUAGAUGGAGCGGAGAGGUUCAGGCCGAGAAAAAAGAGGCCGCCGCCUCUGGUAGUGCCUAACACCCCACCCAGAGGACUCAGCAGCAGGGAAGCAGUGCAGAGAGGGCUGGGAGACGAGGAUGGCACACACAACGUCACACAAAACACAGAUGCUACACACAACACGCAGUCUGUCAAUACCUCACACGCUUCGUCUUGCGGAGAAGAGGAUUUGUCGUCGUUGACCACGGAUAUCGACGAGUCCAUAGAGCAGCUGAACCAGCUCAUUCUAGAUUUGGACCCCACCUUUGUUCCCGUUCCUACGAGCUGUGCACCCAUGUCCCGAUCCGCCUCCCUCCACACCAACGGCCUCAGCCACAACGGGCAUACCCAUCUGGCAGGUUGGAAGCAGCAGAUGCAGGCCAGUGAUGUGACGGACAACGCGGGUCUCCACUCUCCGGGAUGGAGGCGGGGGGGUACUCAGAGCUUCAGAGGCUCGCCCGCCUACACUCCCCCCUUCUCACCAUCUCCGCAUGGGCAUCUCUACAAAACCGACAGCGUGGAUUAUGGGGGACACACAGCUAGCCCUGACAUUGUCCCCGCUACUCCGGGCUUCCCAGUGCUUCCCCCGACGCCCUACGUGAAACAUUUCUCAGAGUUUUCCCAGAUGGGGACUGGCGUUCAGUGGGACCAACACAGCUGGACACAAGCUGAUUCCCGGAAUUUCCUGGAGAGUAUGAACCACGCCGGCGGCUCCACAGAGGGAGAUCUGUUCAGAUCAGAGGUGUCGGUCACUCCGGCUUCCUGUCAGAGGAUCUUUGGCUCCAUGUGCUCCAUGUCAUCAGACAUCAGCCCCCCCACACACACAGACAGCUCCACUCCUCCUCCUGUGUGGCACGACCGAACUCCAAACUCCCAGAACUCCCCGUAUCCCCCCCAGCCCUCACCCCCUCUCUCCCUCAUCACUCCCAAUGCCCACAGCUCUCCCCGUGGGGCUCUGAGAGGCCUGGCUGGAGGUCCGGGGGUCCGCAGGGAGACAGACAGCACAGACUUGUCCUCGCUGUUGUUGGGGAACGGCGGCCUGGACCACAGCCUGCUGGAGGCCAUGCAGGGCCUCGGGAGUCUGAACCUCAGGGGAGACGGGGGCCUCCCUCCACUGCUGCCGGAGAAGAGGAGAGCGGGUGAGGGGGGAGAGCUUGGCUCCUGCUCCCCGUCUCUAAGCGGGUUUUCCAGCCCUCACAGUGGCAGCAGUCUCAGCAUCCCUUUCUCAUCCUCCAUGACCCCCGACCCCCUCCGAGGACUCAGUGCGGCCUCGUCGCCUGGACCAGACUUUGGCAGUAAGCAGGACACUGUGAAGUUUGUUCAGGACACUUCAAAGUUCUGGUACAAGCCCGACAUUUCCAGAGACCAAGCCAUCGAAGUGCUAAAGGACAAAGAGCCGGGCUCGUUUGUUGUGAGAGACAGUCAUUCUUUUCGCGGAGCGUAUGGGUUGGCUAUGAAGGUGGCCACACCCCCUCCGUCGGUGUUACAACAGAGUAAGAAAGUGGGAGACCUGUCCAACGAGCUGGUGAGACACUUCCUGAUAGAGUGCACGCAGAAAGGCGUUCGUCUUAAGGGAUGCCCCAAUGAGCCCUACUUUGGAAGUCUCACAGCUCUGGUAUGUCAGCACUCCAUCACCCCUCUAGCUCUGCCCUGUAAACUCAUCCUGCCUGACAAAGACCCGGUGGAGGAGCUGAAUGACUCAUCUACACAGACAGCAACAAAUUCAGCAGCUGAGCUCCUCAAACAGGGAGCAGCCUGUAACGUGUGGUACCUGGGCUCUGUGGAGCUGGAGUCUCUGACAGGACAUCAGGCGGUUCAGAAGGCGACCACGCUGACCCUCGCCAUGGACCCCCCUCCAGCGUCCACCGCCGUCCACUUCAAGGUGUCGGCGCAGGGAAUCACGCUCACUGACAACCAGAGGAAGUUGUUUUUCAGGAGACACUACGCGGUCAACACUGUCAUCUUCUGUUCUCUGGACCCACAGGGCAGGAAAUGGACAAGAGGCAGCGGUUCUACUGCAAAGAUCUUUGGAUUUGUAGCUAGGAAAUCUCAGAGUGAGACUGAAAACAUAUGCCACCUGUUUGCUGAACACGACCCUGAGCAGCCGGCGAGCGCCAUCGUCAACUUUGUCUCAAAGGUGAUGAUUGGGUCACAUAAGAAGUGAGGAGAAAGAAACUCACUGCAGAGUGAGGAGCCUGGACUGGGGAUCAACUUCCAACCCCAACAUUGUAUAAAUAUGAGUGUGGAUCUAAAAAAAAAAUAAACAAACUUUUCCUCCGAAGAGCCAAAAAACUAUGAACCCACAGACUCCAGCACCUGGUCCUGUUGGUCCAUCCUAAAGGAUAAACUUGUGUAUUUUGUACUGACUGCACUAAAGGAUGCCGUCACCAGAGGGAGCCAAGAUGGUCAUGUAUAAAGUUAAACUCAUUAGCAGGAGGCUUUAAGAUGAAUCCUUGGACAUUUUUAUAUAAAAUGUAUAUAACACCAGACCCUUUCCCCCGGGGGAUCUUGUAUGAAAAUCUGAUUUCUACUUAAUCUGACUGUUUCUUCACACAUACUCUAAAUGUUCUAUAAUACACCGACUUUGCUUUCUGCUGGCAGUCAUAGACGAAAAAUACAACACAUUUACUUCUGCUCAAACCUGAGGAAUAUCUGAUAUUCUGCACAUGAACUUUUUUUUUUUUGUAUGACAAUGUCUCUAAAAGCUUUUAUUUUUGGUAACAUGUGUAAAUCAGGUAUCAACUUCACUUUUGUGCAAGACACGGGCCCAUUUUUUGUAUGUUAAAACAAAAUAAAUGAUAUCGUCACAUGACAAAGCCAGUAAUGUGGUCGCCUUGUACUUAAGAUGGAUUUAUUGUGUUGUGUUUAUAGUAUUUAUCCCUUUUUACAGAUGUGUAAAAGUCUUUCUUUUUCCUAAAUAUACUUGUCAUAUAUUUUUGUAUAUUAACAUACUGUACAUUAGGUUUAAAGGCAGUGAUCCUUAGAAUGUAUAUGUUUAUUUUGCAAAUUGUUGAAGUAUUUUACAUACCAGUAAGAUACUACAUAAGCUGCCCAUAUAUACUUGUUGUAAUACUAAUAUGAAUGUCAAUAUGUUCCUUUUACAGUAAGUCAAUACAGAUUUAUGUACAGUUAUUGUGCCAUGAAAAAUUGCAUCUCUAAUUCUGAGAUAAUAUUAAAGCGUUGGUGCG